AUGAAAAACAGGAACCCUAUACUGAAUGAAUCUACAGGUUGGACGAUAUUCGACCGCCUAUACCUCCUCAAUGGCACACUAUAUGUCGUCACCGACGAACCUGAGAGCGUCCCAGAUCGCCUCUACAUCCUCUCCAGCGCGGCCUUCAUCACAAACGACCCGGAGGAGGCUCUUCUACGCGCGCCGACAGACAAGAACAUGCGCGUGAUCAGCACCACAGAAGCGCGACAGUUGUUCGGAACGGAGGCGGACAGACUCGACGGCGUAACAUGGCUCGCAUACGAUCCGAAGCAAUUCAUAACCCACUACUACCACUGGUCUGCCGAGCUCUUCUUCGGCUUCUGGCGCACGUACUCCUCGCUCGACCCCACCAUCCCCCCCUCGGGCGAGACCUCCCUGCCCGCGCCGCGCCGCAUGAUCUUCCCACACCUCGACUCCAACAACUGGCGCGACUACGCGAAGAUGAACCAGUGGGUUGUCCGCGCCGCAUUCCCCUCGCUCUCCAUGGAGUUCAUGAACGAUUGGAAGGAGCGCGCUGCGCUCGCCCGGCCGUACGUCCUCGACCGCGUCGUGCUCGCCGACCGCGCGGCUGCGAUGAACGGCGAGAUGUACCUGCGCACGCAGCGCACGGCGGCGAACGCGUUCGCGCUGCCGGGGAGCGUGAACUGGUGGACGACGAUCCGGAACAACGUCGUCGGGUUCUCGCUGCAGGGCGAGGCGACGGACGCGGCGGCCGUGCAGGGGAUUGAGACGCGGCCCGUGAUCUCGUACAUCUCGCGGCAGGGGUGGAACAGGCGGAAGCUGCGGCAGGAGGACCACGAGCGGCUCGUCGAGGAGCUGUACAGGCUCCGGGACGAGUACGGGUACGAGGUGAACGUCGUGGAGAUGGACAAGCUCACGCGCAUGGAGCAGUUCCGGCUCGCGGGACGUACCACGAUCAUGAUGGGCGUGCACGGGAACGGUCUGACGGCGCUGCUGUGGAUGCGGCCCACGCCGCGGUCGACCGUGAUGGAGUUCUUCUACCCUGGCGGCUUCGCGCACGACUACGAGUAUACGACCCGGGCCCUGGGUAUGGUGCACUACGGCUUCUGGAACGAUAGGCACUUCACGCGGCCCGACGUCCCGCUGCCAGCCUAUCCCGAAGGAUUCCAGGGCAACGAGAUCCCCAUAGACGGCGCGGCCGUCGCGCGACUAGUGCGAGAGCGUCUUACCCUCGCAGAGGAGAUGGACGACUAG